CGUGGGCGAGAGAGCUCAGAACACACGGUUGCAUGUGAACGACGUAUCAUCCGCCAAAGACACCGUUGCGCAUUUUUAGCUCUUUAUAUACGCAGUGAGUUUAUUUAUUAUUUGGCUAACCAAAUGGAUAUACCAGUCAACCGGUCCAUGACCAGUUAACCGACCCACGAAAAAAUGUGGUUGAACCGGACCCUAUACCGGAAAUUUCACUCAUCCGCGUGAACGGUGGACCGUACAUCGGCGCGUGAACUUUCACUUCUCUCUCUCUCCCACUUCGUCAUCUCUUUCCAUUAAAUCCCACGGCUUUUCCCUCACUUUCUCUCUCACUCUCUCGCCUUUUCCACAACAAUGGCGGAAUCAUCGCCAUUGAAGCUCCUCUCCCUCAUCCUCACCGUCCUCCUCAUAUCCGCCGCCGAAUCCCGCCUCACCACCGACUUCUACGCCAAAUCGUGCCCUAGAUUCCUCGACAUCGUCCGCGACACCAUCAUUAACAAGCAGAUCACGAGCCCAACCACCGCCGCUGCCGUCCUCCGCAUCUUCUUCCAUGACUGCUUCCCCAACGGCUGCGACGCCUCCGUCCUCGUCUCCUCCACCGCCUUCAACCACGCCGAGCGCGACUCUCCGAUCAACCUCUCCCUUCCCGGCGACGGCUUUGACGUCGUCGUCCGCGCCAAAACUGCCCUUGAGCUCGCUUGCCCAAACACCGUCUCCUGCUCCGACAUCCUCGCCGUCUCCGUCCGCGACCUCCUGGUCACCGUCGGUGGUCCCUACUACGACGUCUUCCUCGGCCGGAGAGAUUCACGCGUCUCGAGAUCCUCCCUCGUCGACGAUCUGCUCCCGCUUCCGUCAAUGCCGAUCUCGAAGCUCAUAGAUCUGUUUGGCUCCAAGGGCUUCACUAUCCAGGAGAUGGUUGCGCUGAGCGGGGCCCACACCAUCGGAUUCUCCCACUGCAAGGAGUUCGCGGGUCUGGUCGCCAGGAACGAUUCCGGGUACAACCCGAGAUUCGCCGACGGAUUGAGGAAGGCUUGCUCGAAUUACAGGAGGGAACCGACGGUCUCCGUCUUCAACGACAUCAUGACGCCGAACAAGUUCGACAACAUGUAUUUCCAGAACAUCCCCAGGGGUCUCGGGUUGCUCCAAUCGGAUCACGGUUUGGGAUCCGACCCGAGAACCCGACCCUUCGUGGAGCUCUACGCGAGGGACGAAGCACGGUUCUUCAAGGACUUCGCCAGAGCUAUGCAGAAGCUCAGCCUCUACGGCGUCAAGACCGGCCGGAGAGGAGAGAUCCGGCGAAGGUGCGAUGCGAUCAAUUGAGAUUCGAUCAAAGUUUCGAAAUUUGAGACGAUGGGUUUUGCUAUUCGUUGGAUUAUUAUUUCUGGGUUUAGCGGGAAAAAUCUGAGAUUUGGGCGAUUUUGGAUGUGAAAUCUUCGAGGCAUUACCCAAUAAGUUUCUGUAACAGUAUAAUGUAACGCGUAUAAUAUCUGUGGAUGAUGGUGAUAUUUAUCCAAAUGGCUUAGCUUUUAAUAUAUA